CGACGCGAAAAACCCGUCUCAAUGCUUCCAAUUUCAUGCUCAGCUGGUGCUCACGCGCGGAGACGCCGAUGAGGACUACGGCAGCGUGGAAUUACUCUUUGAUAAUGGGCGACGACGUCUAGCCGCCAAAAUCCGCGCUCAGACCGCUGCUGGCACUGCUGAGAUCAAAAUGAGAGUGCUAUGGCUGUCACUAUUUAGCACAGCGGUCGCGACGGACUGGCAAGCGCUGCAAGAAAAGUACGCCUGGCGACCCAUGACGCCGCAGCAGCGAAAUUUUGUCGAGGCCUGCGAAACUAAACUCCGCACCGCAUGCGCUCCAGAGCAAAAGGUCAAUGCAGACGCCCUGGCCAGACGAAUCGUCGACCAGGGCGCGCGCGCCUGCAAACGCGGCAAGGGACGCGGCGACGACGUGCCUUUUAGAGAUAUGUGGUGCGUUGACGUCUGGAGGCGGACGCGCGUGCGACCACGGAGUUUCGGACAUCCGCAGGGCAUGGUCUAUGUGGGGAAAACAGCCUCAUUUACGUACUUACCGAUACCGAAAGUUGCCACGACCGUAGUACGGAAGUGGGCCGACGCGAUGCACGCCGACGAUUCGCGAAGCGGGGCGUCUUUUCUGAUCCAACACGAUGCCAAACCGGUCGCGGACCGUCUGGGCGGCGCCGCUUUAUGGAGAGAUAUACCGCGAGAAAAGCGACGGUCGAUGACGUUCUCGAUCGCGCGGGGCUGUGUGGAAAUCAACCAGUGGCCCGCGCCGCGUUACCGGGACAAGGGAUCGUCCUCUCGAUUUGAUUCCCUCACAGGUACGGGACCCGCUGGACCGCCACGCGUCCGCGUGGCGGGAGUUACGAGCCUACGAGCGACCUCCGAAGCAUCGACGAGGCUGGGGCAAAGUCGUGAUCCGACAGAGACCUUUUUAUGCGAACGCGUCGAACCCGAAGCAAGUCUUCCAGUUCCUCUCGGGAAAGUCGACGGACCUGGCCGACGAGAUCCUGACACGAACGGUCAGAGACCUGGCGUGCGCCCCCGACUGGAACGAGCACCUCACGCCACAGACGUCGUUCUUCCCGCGGAGCUUACCGUCGACUGCCGUCGUCGCACCUUCGGAGGCUUUGAACGAGGUCCUAAUGACCGUCGCCGGGGCUUCCGGAAUAACAUCGCGGCGCGCCAGCGAUGCGAUCGCCGCCCAGAAGCAGAACGCGCGCGCCGGCUGGCCGCAGGCUCGAGACCUUUUCCCCGCUUUUACUCGCGGAGACCGGGCCAUACGUGUCGACGGCCCGUCGACGGUGCACGUCUGGUGCUGGCUCCACGCGCGGGACUACGCCCUCUUGCCGUUCACGGCGCCGCGCGAAUGCGACGGGGCGUGGGCGGCGGCCGGCUUUGCCAGUGGUGUGCCUUAGUUGUUGUAAUUACCUUCUAAUGUGCC